AUGGGCGAAGAAGAGGGCCGACCUGGGUCGAUUGAGUUAGACGAAAUACACAGCUCAAAAGGCGAGAGCACGGUGCCGAGCUUUCCUGAUACUGGGGAGGAAGAAGAUCUUGAAAAAGAUUUCAGAGAUCCCAAUACUUUCCCAUAUAUUCUGCUUUCCUUAUGGCUCAAUACCUCUAUAUGCGCGGUAGAUGGAACGAUUAUCUCGACCACGAUGAACGAGAUAGCUUCGAUCUUUCAAGAGGCCUCCAAGGUUACCUGGGUCGCAACAGCUUACAUGCUCACAACUUGCGCGGUACAGCCCCUAUACGGCAAAACCAGUGAUCUUCUGGGCAGAAAGAAGUGUUUGCUUUUCGCAGAGGUAGUCUUUAUUGUCGGUCUCGUGAUGUGUGGGGCGGCUCGUACGAUCGAGGAGCUGAUAGUAGCAAGAGCCAUUUGCGGUGUCGGGGGGUCUGGCCUAGGCGCUAUGUGCAAUAUCAUACUCUCAGAUCUUGCUCCCCUCUCACAGAGAUCGAUAUACUGGGGUUGGGGCUCGGUUAUAUGGGGCUUUUCUCAAAGUGUCGGCGGCCCCCUUGGUGGCCUGCUCUUGAACUGGUUCGGGGUUCGAGGUCUUUUUGUAGUCCAGAUACCGUUCUGUCUUUUCAGUCUUUCUCUCACUGUUAAGUACAUACAUGACCUGUCGAAUCAGACACAGGGCACCUGGCGCGACAUUGACUUUGCUGGUAGUUUCUGCCUUAUAACCGGCAUUUCUGCUUUUAUCUUCUUAUGCUCGUCUUCGGGAGAUGUAACUGAUGACAGUGCGGUGUCUCUCUUUAAAGUGGGCUGUUUCCUAAUCACGGUCCUAUCCGUCAGUGGAUUCAUUUAUGUGGAGAAAAAUGUCGCCGCCAAGAGCAUCUUGCCAGCCGAAGUGCUAAAAGGGUCUCUUGGAGUUAUCAGCUUUAUAUAUGGGCUUGCGUCGAUGCUCAGUUACGUGGGGCUAUUUGUAGUUCCGUUGUAUCUACAGUUAGUCUGGGGCGUCAGCGUAGCGGGAUCUGGUGGUUACAUCAUGUAUGCUGUGAUCUCCACGUCGAUAGGCUCCUUUGGAAGCGGCUGGCUCCUCAGGAAAUAUGGAGCACCAGAUAAGGAUGCUACUCUUCUCAAUUCAGGUAUGAUGCUCAUUGGCAGCACGCUGAUAAACACAUUGGGGUUUUUCGUAAUGUUCAAGAAUAUCCUUGAAAUAAAGCCUGCCUUCGAAGGCGUAAAGAGCCCGUCGCCCGAUCAGAAGUUCUGGUUUCUGUUAGGAUUCGCCAUUAUGGGCCUUUCGGCGGGGUUCCAGAGUGUCUCAGUGAUGCUAUACACAGUCGCUAAAGUAGGGAGAAAAGGACAGGCGUCUUCAACCAGUGUCACAUUCCUCUUCAGGUCACUAGGCAAUGUCUUGAGCGUUUCGAUAUCAUUGAGCGUUUUUGUCGCAUCCCUGAAAGGCAAGUUGAAGUCGUACUUCCAAGGACAGCAAAGCGAUCUCUACAGAAAGCUCUUGAAAGAAAAUGCGUUCUUGAGGAGCGGGGAAGUGCCCAGCGACCAGUUAAAGGAUCUUUUGCAAGUCUUCAAAAGUGCAAUAGUGAAAGCGUUUUGGCCGUCGGUUGUGUGCUGCUUUCUGAGCGUUACCUUCGCAGGUGUCCUGUUUGUAAUGAUUAGGAGGUCCAGGCGUUUUGCCGGAUUAAGCGCGUAG